UAUCGUGGCCGAUGAAGCUGUCUAGUCGUCCAAGUUCCCACUCUGGACGAGCGAUAUCGAACGGCUUUCGCAUGAUUUUUUAUUGACCGAGCUAUGUAGCUCACGUUGCUGAUAAUUUCGAUGCUUUUCUUCGCAAGAACAAAAGUCUCUCCAUCUCUCUACAGAAGACCGAUAUUAUGGAGGGUGCCACUACCAACAUGUGGGAAAUUCUCCCAGAUAUAUUAUCUCCAGGUGAUGCUGGGGGAUCGAAUACAUUAUUGUUCAUGGAACCAAGUCCUAGCUCGUCGGCUGAACUAGUAAGAUAUCAAUUUCCAAAAACAACUGAUGCUAAUCUCAAAGGAGCUACCACAUAUACAGCAGCUCAGAAAAAAAGAUUGGCUGACAAGGCAUAUCGGGAACGAUGUAAGGAAUUGAAAAUGAACACCAUGAACAAAUUGGAUGAACUUACCAUUGAAAAUGAUCGUUUAAGGAGAGAGAAUGAUUCCUUAAAGAAGGAAGAAGUCCAACUAGUACAGACUUUGCAACGUCAAAAAGAUGAGAUGAAGCAACUUGAGAAGGAAUUUGGCCAAUUAAAAGGCCAGCUUAAUAGUCAAAAUACGGUUGUGGAAGUGCUUUUAAAACGGCUAACCGGCUCCAACUAUAAAGAUCUCCAGCGUGAAAAUACACAGCUUAAACAUGAUAUUAAUCUGUUAACAAAAAGAAUCAACAAUCCAGAAAACAUGAAUGUAAUUCACCUUCGAGCAAAAAUUGAACAAUUAGAAAAUGAAAAGCAUUCAUUGCAAGUGAUAAUCGAUGCUUUAUGUGAGAAGAUAAACAAGGACAAGGACCGGCUUGGACCUCAGGAACUAGCAUCACAAGAACAUGUACAAAUGAAGAGAAACUGCAGCAUCCAAAAGUUUGAAGACGGUGGGGGUCUCCCGCCAUUGGCAGCUCUACAAGAUUUAUUGAACUGGGAUUUGUGAUUUCAGACAGUUGCAAUUUAAGAGACUGAACAAAAGAAAAGAAAAGGAUUGCCUGAAGAGCUAGCUAGUCAAUGGAACCAUUAUCAUUAUUGAUUUGCAUAUGCUUUGUUGUCAACUUAUAUUAAUCUAUUUCGAUUCCAGUUGCAGAAAUGUUAGUUGUUGUUGUGUCAUGCUCGGAUGAGCUGGUUGUCUCAUGUUUUUAGCUUUUACAAUCAAUAAAUUAUGGUGUGAGGCUAUCAAUUCCUACAA